UCCAUCUGGUGGGAUACAGCUCAGUGCAGCUCUGCUCCAACCCAGUCACAUUCUCCUCCCUCCCGUCUGGAGCCCACAGCAGCCUCGCAGCCCCUCAGGAUACGACUCGACGCCCUGAACCAGGCUUUCACGCUGCACCUGGGUGACAAAUGUUGCAGAGCUUAACAUUUACUUGACUGGAUCGAGUGGACAUUUUUGUUGUAAACCUGAGGGACUUAUUCUUUUUUGUGGUGUUGACUGGGAACCUUCUUAAGGUCAGGUGUUUGAUUCAGCCGUCCUGUGCCUCGUGUAUGAGGGCUGUUGUAAAUAUCUUUGGGCGCUUCUCUGCUGGUUUUUAUUACUAGAAGAAAGGAGCUCUGCUGUGAGGAAUUUCAUGUGAAGACUGAGGUGCUUUAGGCAGAUUUCUCACCUGGACACUGAGGGGGCAAGCGGGAUGGACUUCACUUACUUCUGGUUCAUGGCCAUGGCUCUGAUGUUGAUCCCUCAGCAUCAAGCCUCCACUUUCUCUGUUAUGGGCCCCACAGUGGAGGAGGGCCCCCUGCUGCAGCUCACCCACACAGCCCACCGGCGUGAGAAACGCUGCUCCUGCGAGAACCAGAAAGACAAGGAAUGUAUUUUCUUCUGCCACAUUGGCAUCGUCUGGGUCAACACCCCGAGCCACGUGGUUCCAUAUGGAUUUGGUUCAGUCCGACUGAGGAGGGACCUCAGCCGCUGCCUCUGCACGCGCUCAGAGGACGCCGAGUGUUUGAGCUUCUGCUCCGUCCACACAGAUGGGGGAGACGCUGUGGUGACGAGGAGGACUGACAAACGGUUGAAGAGACGCAGGGGUGCAUUCUGGGAAACAAGGAGCCAACACGCCCUCAAACAGCAGACCUGAGUGAGAGGAGGCUCCGCGGUCCCAUCAGAGACGACACAAACAGACCUGAUCGUUGUGUGUACAGUGUAUGUAGUGAAGUACUGGACAGGAGCUGCUCUGAUCCAACCCGCGACCCCUCUGCUCCCAGACCGUCUCAGCUCCUCUGUAGCACUGAGAGACAGGAAGUUAACACGGCCUGGUGGAAAGAAAGACCCUGAAACCUACAACAUUUUGGUAUUUUAAUCGUAUAUUCUUAAAGUGCGUCAGAGCUCUGAAAGCCUCUCCUCCACACGGAGGAGGCAUCCACAUGUGACUCUGCAGUCACAUUCUGUCAUCUGUUGGCCGCCAAAAAUCCCAAGAAUAAUUUAGACCGAAAAAUCCAAAGUAAUAUGUGAACCAAGUCAAAACUCAUAUAAAAGAAAAGCCAUAAUCCUGCAAACUGAGGCGUAGUCCUCAGCUGGCUGUCAUAUUAAGUUCAAAAUAUGUCUUAAUCUUAUAUUACUGACUGUAAAGUAGCUGUCCUACAUUACAGUACAACUAAAAAUACAUUAAUGUAAUUUUACUAAUUUGUACUUGAAAUAUUCCAACGUUUUGUAAUGAAAUAUGUUUGAAAUUCCACCUCUGUGCAUAAGAUAUUACAAUCAUUGGCACAAACUGUAACUUCAUCUUGUAAUUUGAUGACUUUUUUUCUCAAAUUAGCACAAAAUGUUUGAACUUUAUUCUCUAAAUCUCAGAGGUACUGCAGUACAUCCUCAGUGGUAUCACUCAGUCUGUUGUGAGGUCACCUGCCCUUUCUCCAGAGGUAACCAGACUCACCUGAGGGGCCGUCUGCAGGUGACGCAGCCCCAAAAACCACGACACACUCGGUCCCUCCACUGGUUUUUCAGUAAAAUUAAAAUAAAAUAUUUGUAUUUUCAAAUGUAUAAAACGUAUGUGACAUUUACUGACCUGAUAUCUGCCGAUACUUUGCAGUGCAGUAAGUGUUAGCCGUGAAGUCCUGACUCUUCUGAUGAAAGCGCAGUUUGAUUUCAGAAUUGAAAUUUCUCAGCUGUUGCCGACGUGUCGGUGUGACGUCUCGACGGCAGGUGAAAGUUCAGGUGCCAUGCAGUGCACCUGCAUUACUUCCACCCCCACAGAUCUGCACUCAGUGCUGAACUUCAUUCCAGAGGCACAAAUACAAACUCAGAAAGAGAACAGCUGACGUCCACAGGGAGGUCAAAGGUCGCGGGGAGCCCAUCAGCCUCUCGGCGUCUCUUCAGCGGGACGAAGACGGGAGGCUGAAAGGCCUGGAGCUCCGCCUCAUCAGCUCGUGUUGUUUUAAGCUCAGAAUCUGAACGAACGCGCUCACCAAUCAGACGGGUUUCAGCUUCAUUCGUGCAGUUUGUGUUGCGCCGCACUCACGCAACAACGGAAAGCGAUGGACUCGGACGAAGGCUGUUCUACGAACCUCCUCACAGUUAGACAGACGAGGGCAGUGGUUUCUUAUCCGAGCCAAGUGAAACAUUUGACGUUUUGUUCCAAAAUGAAGCAGAAAAAACGAGUUGGGUCAGAGAAAAAUGUCCAAGAAACAUCACACUCAUCGUGUUAUUAAAGGAAGAGUUCACCCAAGAAUGAAAGUUUGGUCAUUAUCUCCUCACCCCCGUGCUGAUGGGAAGUUCUCUCCACGACACGUUUCUGGACCUUCACAGUAGGACGGCGUUCUGGACAAGCUGCAUGGAGCCAUUUUGUUUGCUGCAGCGUUGUUUUAUUCUGAAGCUCCAGAAACGUUUUGCAGAAACCUCACCAGACUCUCCAUCAGCAUGACGAGGAGACAAGACAACUUUAUUUGUACAGCCCAUUUUUACAAGCCGUUUGUCUCAAAGGGCUUUACAUAACAUCACAGCAACAUCCUCUGC